AGCGCCAGCUCGGAUCUGGCCGUCGCCUGGGCGGGGUCAGCGAGCCCGCGCCAGGCGACCCCUGGGCCGCUGCCCUCCCCGCCCGUCCUCUCGUCCGCUCUCCUCGUCUCCACCCCCCGGGCCGCGGAAUGGUGGCGCCGCCAUGGUGCCCGACGGAGGGGCGCCCGCAGCGCCCUCCCCGGACGGCUGCCGAGCGGCGUGCCCAGGCGGGCCGCGCGCAGGCUCGGGCCGUUCAGGCUUUGCUGCGCGCCUUCAGCGGCAUGGAGCACCGCGGCUGCCGCCCCACGCGGCUGGGGGCCACCCUCCGGGACGCGCUUCUCGUGGCGCAGGCUGGCGAUCGGUGCGGAGCACAUGCUGACGAAGCCGAGAGCCCCGCGGUUGCAGCCGUGGCGGAGGAUGGAGACUUGUUAUUCACAAUGUCGCGCGAGGACACCUCCCAGAGGGCUGAAGCUGAUGCCGAGGCUGGAGGCACUCUGAUCGCCAGCUCGUCCGAGGUUGAAGCCCGUGCAGCGGAGCUGUCAGCUGAGAAGUUCGCCGCCGCAGAGGCCGCGAUGGCGGCAGCGCAGGUGGCGGCGCCCACACCCCUCAGCAGCUCGGCGUCGGAGUUCGUCCCGUUCAGCCCGCCGUUCCAGGAGUCGACGGUCGAGGACGGGGGGAUCGCAGCUGCGGCGCCUUGGGAGAGGAGCGAAACCCGAGCACGGCUGUUUCGGGAUGCUGACCUCCUUCGAGGCGCUGGAGCACAGAGAGGCGCCGUGCCGACUGGCCCACAAAUCAACUGGGCAGCCAUAGGCGACAGCGGAGCGUUCCCGAGUGCAUCGUCGGCAUCGCCACCCACAGGUGAGUGCCCGCAGUCGUGAAGGGCAGCCCCGCGGCGUUCGGGCGCGGCUCGAAUUUCUGGUGGUGGGUCUGGGGCCGUCUCUUCUCGGGCUUCCUCGUCGUGCCGCGGGGUCGGCGCGCAGAGUAGAGCAGUGUCGAAUGGAAUGCUCGUGCAGCGGAGGGCUCUUCACUCCCACAUGCUGUUUGUAUCGUGCCUGUUGGGUAGUGCAAGUAGCCUGUCUCGAGCAAUGGCUUGAGCGGUGGAC